AGACUUUCCUUAAACAAGGAACUUUACCAUAUGCUGCAUUCAAAAAGUCUGUCUGCAACCCCUAUUUCAACAUCCUGGACUGGACAACACAGAACUGGAGUGUACAUACUAACAUUCCAAAAUGGAGGACAGGUGUGAAUCUCCCGACAACCCUCCUCAUCCAGAUGAACCAGCCCCAGAAGGCAUCACACCAAGGUUAUCAGAAGACCUGGCACAGUUCCUGGUGAGCACCAUGGCUGGCACUGCCAAAGUGGUCCAGGUAGCUGUUAAAGCACAGAAGUCUGCACAGCUGGCUUGUUUCCAUGCAGAGCAGUCAUUGGGUCAGGCCCAGAUGAGCUACGUAGCGGCACGAGGCCUGUGUGAAAGGCUCGCGGGGCUGCUGGGUCUCCCUGACUACCAAAGCCUCUUUCAACACACGUCGCGUCCCCCAAUGCCCUAUUCUGAAUUCUGCACCGUCAUCCGCAGCGCAGAAAAUGCCCUUCUACAUCCCAAGCCAGGAUCCCCAUCUGGAAGGAAUCUCAGCCCCGGCUCGGAAUGCAGUUGCCUGCCGGACACUUUAGAAGGCAGUUGCCUGUUGACAGGAGGGAUUCACGAACUGCGAUCGUUUCGGUCUCCUGGCAUCAGUGAAACGCAGGAUGAGGAGGUGGCAGACGAAGAGGAGUGCCGGUGUCUGCACAUUCGAGGGCGAAACCCUUCCCGGCACAAACAAGUGGAGGCCGUCCUUCUAGAGGAUCAGAUGAGGGGCACGUAUAUGACCCAGCGUCGUCGCUCACCCCGGCGGUCCCCCUCCGGUGGCAUGGAGGGACUUUCCCCGCUAGUGUCCGAGCAGGACCUCAACGUUAUUCAGCCCCUGAUCUGCUGCCCCUCCCGCCAAGGUGGGGCAGGCAAGUUCCUGAGCAAAGUGACCUGGCGCAAGGAUCAGCUUCUGCGCGAGAAUUCGGACAGCGACACUGACCAGCCGGAGAACUCCGCUAAGGAGACCGUGUAAACUUGACCCUCCCCCUCCCCCCACUUGUAUUCACAGAGCAUAAUAAAGAUACGGCUUA